CCUUCCUUCAGCUUCUCAGCUUCUCAGCUUCUUAGAUGUUCAAGUUACAACUACAAUGACAAUCCAAGGCUACCAUUGGCUAUUAUUCAAAGAUCUAAACCCUACCUAACACAUCAAACCCCAUAUGGCACCCCGCGCAAUUAAAUCCAAAGUAAAAUCGGGUUGUCAAACCUGCAAAACUCGAAAAGUCAAAUGCGACGAAGGCAAGCCCGUAUGUUUCCGAUGUUAUUCUACAGGUCGGGUCUGCGAAGGCUACGGAGUAUGGGGCGGAGGUGGUAAUGAGUACGGCCGCCGUCCCAUCGGCUCUAGUCGCAAAAGCCUAACGUCUUUCUACACACCAACGCUGGUAAAAGCGGUGAACAAAGAGGAGACCGGGUAUCUCGAGUGGUUUACAUACCGAAGUGUCUUGAAGCUUCCCGGGGUUUUUAGUUUUCAAUUCUGGGAUAGGCUCGUAUUCCAAGCCGCUUCAAGCGAGCCAGCUGUUUUACAUGCUAUUCUCGCCCUGAGCUCAGCCCAUAGGAAAGAAGGACUUUGUUUCGAUACCUCGCCAGAUGUCGCUCCGGAUAAGCAGGAACAUUUUACCUUGGAACACUAUACCAAAGCAAUAGCCCAUCUCCAGCCGCAUUUCACUUCUAGAAGUAACCGGUCAAUCCGUGUUGCACUUAUCACAUGUCUAAUGUUUGUCACAAUGGAAUAUCUCCGGGGUCAUUUCAAGACUGGCUACGAUCAUCUCCAAAACGGUUUGAAGCUUUUGAACGAGUUCCAAGCCCGCUCAAGCGCGAUAGAUAGUUACAGUCUGUUCCAGGAACCGUGUUGCGAUUCUGCGGAUGCCUGGAUCAUCCAAGCCUUCAUUAGGCUUGACGUGCAGGCAAAGUUUCAGUGUCAAGGGUCACAGUUCUUGAACAUUACCCAGGAGGAUUGUUCGUCAGAUAUUCCGGCCACCCCGCUGAUAUUCCAAUCUGCCAAUCAAGCAAGACAGCAUCUUGACCGAAUACUCAGCCAAAUAUUCUACCUAAGCCAUGAAUGCCGCCACCAGGUACAGCCCUUGGAUAAAUUAGACCCUCGGAGUCUCCCUUCUAGGCAGCGGCGUCUCAAAGCCAAACUUGAUUCGUGGUUCGGCGCAUUUAAAGCAUCUAGGGCAAGCCUCAUAACCAGCAAAAUCACACACAGCACCGUAGCCUAUAUAAUAUUACGAAUAUAUUAUAUGAUCGCUGAGAUCAUGGUCGAUACUUGCCUCCGGCCAGAAGACCAGAUGAGAUAUGAUACUCAUACGAAAUCAUUUAAGACCAUUAUGGACCAGCUGAACUACAUACGGAGUCUUUCACUUUCCCCACAGCUAGCCACAGUAUUUCAUUUUUCGGAUACGUCCAGCUCGAUAACCGAUCUAGGCGCUCUCCCCGCGCUUUAUUAUAUAGCUCUCAAAUGCCGGGUACACAAUAUUAGGCACGACGCCCUCGUUUUCUUACUUACAACAACUCAUAAAGAAGGGAUCUGGAGUUCGCACCUAGCAGCACGAAUGAUUGAAGAACUGAUAAAUAUUGAAGAGAGUGAUUUCUACGCUCAUUCUGAUACGACUAAAGCAGUACUUCCCGAGUCGCAUCGACUACACGAUAUUGAAGUACAAUUACCUGACGGCUAUGAAGGAACAGCCAUACUGCAGUGUAAACGGAGAUUCGACGAUUUUAACUGGGAGGUGAUUACUAGAGAACUCGUAUACGAUAUGAAGACUCGAUGUUGGGUAAGUAAACCGGAGAGACCAUGAAAUUCAAUCGCUAGCCAAUGAAAAUAUUUAUUCUUCACUCAUCCGGGAUAGGUACGGGCUUGGUGGACUUGUGAUUUUCUCCUAUCAGUGCGACCCAAAGCUCUAAG